UGCCGUAAAGGGUAUCACACAAGUGGUAAUCUCUAGAGUUACCAUGGCCGCUCCAGGAAUGAUUAUUCUUCCCAUCAUGAUGGAACAUCUAGAGAGGUAUCCAUUCAUGCAAAGAAUCAAGUUUCUCCAUGCCCCAUUGCAAGUAAUGCUGGUCGGAUGCUUCUUGAUCUUUAUGGUUCCCGCUGCAUGUUCUCUUUUCCCUCAGAGGUGUUCUAUGAAAGUUUCUAAAUUGGAGCCAGAGCUGAGAGAUUCAAUAACUGCAAAGGCCUUGGACCAAGAGUUGGAGAUGCCAGGACUACUCAGCUCCUGACCUCAUUACAGCCUUGGCUCAAACAUGAAGAAAAGAGUGAAUUCCAAAGGUCCAUGGCCAUACUCAGCACUCUAUCCUUCCAAGAGAUGUCCAAGGCAGCCCUAGAGGUGAAAAGCUGUUGAAAGUGGAAGCAGAAGAGCAUCUAAUAGAAACCAAUAAAAUUCUAACAGGGUGGAUGCAGGGAGGAUGUUCCUAAUAAUCAGGGAGGCCAGAGCCCAGGAUCACAGUCUAAGGAUACAAGGUAGGCCAUUUACAACUGAGCUGUGGAGAAAUUUCUUCAGCAAGUGAGUUGUGCUACACCAAGUGGUUGAGCUAAACACUGAAUGUUUUCAAGAAAGAGUUAGAUAUAGCUCUUGGAGCCAAAGGGAUCAAACGGGAUGGAGUGAAAGCUGGAGUAGAGUUCUGAGUUGGGUGAUCAGCAAUGAUCAUAUUGAAUGAUGGAACAGGCUGAAAGGGCCAAAUGGCCUACUACUGCUAUUAUUUUCUAAGCUUCUGUUGUUUAGUGCUUUUCUUGGUUUGCUUGUCUAUGGGUCACUCCUGCAAAGGAGGGUACAUGCACAAACCUGGUACACACAAAACUUUGGAUUUGCUGUUGGUCCAUACUUGGCUUCUGAACUUUAACAUGAAAACUGCAGCCUUCACAUUCUUGAUGCUGAUUUUGGCAUCAAGGGUCAGUUUACUCGUAAUGAAACAGCCACUUGCAGCUUAAUUCACUCUGGAUCAUUUAAAAGUUUAGCCUCAUUGUCUUGGGAAUAUGCAACUGUGGCGCGUUUGUGAAAGCAAUAAACAAAUGAUAAUGAGAUAGUAAGAACCACGGAUGCU